CUUUUAUAUAACUUCCCCAAUCAUCCCUCUAACCCCACAGAAAGAAAUGGGAGGUGGUGAUCUGUGCGCUGGUGGUAAUUUUUUUCACAGGGUGGCGAAGUCAUGGACCAAGGCGGAGCAAACCCUGAAUGAUGCCGUAUCGAAGAGCUUUAUCGGGAAGUAUUUCAAGCUAGAAGCCCGAAAGAGCUGCUUCACAAAGGAACUCCGAGCUGGCACUGCCACUUUCCUCACCAUGGCUUAUAUCAUCUCCGUUAACGCCACCAUUAUCGGUGACUCUGGUGGCACGUGCUCCAUCGCCGACUGUUCCGCUCCGGCCAACCAAACUGCCGCUCCGGACUGCAUGUUCAAGCCCAAUGAAGGGUACGAGAACUGCCUCUCCAAAACCAAGAGUGAUCUCGUUGUGGCCACUGUUUUAUCGUCCAUGAUCGGAAGCAUUGCCAUGGGAGUUCUGGCAAACCUGCCUUUGAGCCUCGCUCCAGGUAUGGGCCCUAAUGCCUACUUAGCCUAUAACAUAGUUGGCUUCCAUGGGUCCGGACCCAUUUCAUAUGGAACUGCACAAGCAGUGGUCUUAAUCGAGGGUUGUGCGUUUCUUUUUCUAUCUGUGUGCGGGCUCCGGUCAAAGCUAGCUAAGGUCAUACCACACCCAGUCCGACUCGCUUGUGCGGCAGGGAUUGGCCUGUUCAUUGCAUUUGUAGGCUUGCAGGUUCACCAAGGAUUGGGUCUUAUUGGACCUGACGCAUCUACAUUAGUGACGCUAACCGCUUGUGUCAAAACCGAUCCCGCUACGGGUAAGUGCAUUAAUGGCAAAAUGCAGAGCCCAACAUUUUGGUUGGGUUUCUCGGGCUUUGUGAUCACUGGUUAUGGGUUGAUGAAAGACGUGAAGGGUAGCAUGAUAUACGGUCUUUUGUUUGUAACCUUAAUUUCAUGGAUUAGAGGCACUCCCGUCACAAAUUUCCCUUACACCGCAGUUGGGGACUCUAACUACAACUAUUUCAAAAAAGUUGUAGACUUUCACAAAAUCCAAUCCACGGCUGGUGCUAUUAGCUUUAGUAAUUUCAAUAGAAAUGAGGUUUGGGUAGUUCUAGUAACAUUGUUAUAUGUCGAUGUGCUCGCCAGUACUGGGAUAAUAUACACCUUGGCUGAACUAGGAGGAUUUGUGAAUGACAAGGGGGCAUUUGAAGGAGAAUACCUAGCAUACAUUGUUGAUGCAGGUUCAACAAUGGUCGGGUCGGCGUUAGGAGUUUCCCCAUCUGCGGCAUACAUAGAAUCUUCAGCGGGAAUGAGAGAAGGUGGUCGGACAGGACUAACUGCUGUGGUUGUUGGUAUGUAUUUCUUUAUAUCACUGUUUUUUACACCAUUGCUGACGAGUGUGCCACCAUGGGCAAUUGGUCCUUCACUUGUAAUGGUAGGGGUGAUGAUGAUGAAAGCCGUAAAGGAUAUCAAUUGGUCAGAUAUAAAGGCGGCCGCGGCUGCUUUUGUGACCAUGCUGCUGAUGCCUCUGACUUACUCCAUAGCAAAUGGGAUUAUUGGUGGGAUCGGGAUUUAUGUUGCGCUUAGCUUGUAUGAUUGGACCGUUGGCUUGAUAAGACGGGUGAACAAGAUGGGGAAAACGGUGGUUGAAGAACAAAAUCAAGUUUCGGCUACAGUAGCAGUUGAGAUUAUUUGAAUCAAUGUAAAAAACUAGUUAAUGUUGUAUUAAAGCUUGUUAGUGAGGGCUGAAAGUUGAAAUAGACACAGGCUUUGUUG